UCUUCCAACUGUACCGCUUAUACAGUUUCUAUCAAAUGGAAGUGCUCUAGUGUCUCUUGAUCCUUAUACAUGUGCGCGUUAAGACUGAUGAUUUGCAGACUCUAGUUUGAGUAGUGCUCGUACCACGUGGCUCUUGACGUCAAGAAACAACAACUGUGACUGAAGCGCGUUACAAAACACUAGUCCGACACAACAGUGGGUACACACUGCAAACCAGUAAUCGGGACAUGGCAUGGAGGGGUUGCUUUAAGAAAUGGAGCACAAUAGACUCGAUUAAUGCGCCAUCCCUGUUUUCAAAAUGCAUCAGGUUUACCACCCAUCCUCAGCAAAGAUGUGGCUUCCGGAAAGCUCAGAAACAAAUGGAAACAAAAAAGGGUGUGCUAGAGGAGACAGAAGUGGGUGAGGCAGGAAGACAUAAGAAUGCUGUGCCACCUCAGCCAGAGGCACCUGUCCCACCGAAGCCACCCAGGAAACCAGGUCGACUCUUCAGACCCCUAGUGUUUACCGUGGGGUUUACAGGCUGCUCCUUCGGCACAGCUGCCAUAUUGCAGUAUGAGUCCGUAAAGUCUCGCGUGCAGAUGGCCAUGGAGGAGGCCAAAGAGGGGAAUCAGAUUAAACUUCGAGAGGCUGAUGACACAACAUACUGGCACAACUGGUGGAAUCAGCUUUCACACUUUCAGAAGCAGGUGAUUCUGGUCAUGUCUGUGAUCGAUGACUGGUGGAGUGGACUCAGUGAAGGACAAAAGACUGUCACAGGUAUUAUAGCUCUAAACACUGUGGUGCUGUGUUGUUGGAGAAUACCUUCAAUGCAACGCUCCAUGCUCAAGUACUUCACCUCUAACCCAGCAUCCAAGACACGGUGCCUUCCCAUGGUCCUCUCUUCCUUCAGUCAUUACUCUUACAUUCACAUGAUUGUCAACAUGUAUGUCCUAUGGACCUUUUCCACUACCGUUGUCUCCCUUCUUGGGAGGGAGCAGUUUCUGGCCCUUUAUCUGUCUGGAGGUGUUAUUUCCACAUUCGUCAGUUAUGUUUUGAAGACUGCUACAGGACGUCUGGGUCCAUCACUUGGAGCUUCAGGGGCCAUCAUAACUGUUUUGGCUGCAGUCUGCACCAAGAUACCAGAAGCUAAGCUGGGCAUCAUCUUGCUUCCUAUGGUCAGCGUCACAGCAGGAAAUGCUUUGAAAGCUCUUGUUGCCUUGGAUACAGCUGGUCUUCUCUUGGGAUGGAGGUUUUUCGACCAUGCGGCCCAUCUCGGGGGUGCUUUGUUUGGAGUGUGGUACAUUGUAUAUGGCAAUGACAUUAUCUGGAAGAAGCGCGAGCCACUAGUGAAGUUCUGGCAUGAGUUGCGGAACGGGCCAUCUGGCAGAUCCCGACCCAGUGGAGGUGGUGGUCAGGUUUAGGAUUAUUUAACUACCUCAGGAUCACAAGAUACUCUCAUAUUACAUAUCGCAUAUUGAAUGGCACACAUUCAAAAGAUUACAACAACUGUCCAAGCACAUUGGGAAGCGCACAUGCUUGUGACACCUGGAGCUUCUGGACAUGGAUUUUGUCCCAGUACCAUUUCCAUUCUCUUUUUUUCCCCUCCACCAUUUUGUCUCUUCUAUACUGCCCCAUCAUUAAAAGCAAAACACCAAAUAAAAACUAAUCACAAUGUUCACCAGGCUUAUUGUCUGAGGACAAAGUCAUUGAUUGAGAUGUUUGUGUUAAAGUUUGUGACUGGAUGCUUUUGCAAGCAUGCAUUUACAGGACUGUUUUUGAUGUUCUUGUGAUUGCAAGGUACGGUGAAAUACAUGCUAAGGGCUUCUGUGCCCUUUAGAACUUGCCAAUAUGUUUUUUCUUAAAAAUUGUCUAUUAGAGAAUAACAAAAACAAAAUACAGGGAAAUAAUUACCUGCAACUUGUUGAGUAAAAUCACGUUUAGCAAAAUAAUACUUCACAUACAAACACUUUAAAUAUAUUAAACAAACAAGUCCAUUGCAUUAAAAAAAAAAAAAUUAUUUCAAAAUGUAAACAAGGAUUUCAGAAUAAUACUUAAAAUUAAGGAUUUGGGCAAUUCUUGUAAUGUAAAACCCUGAAUUGCCUGUAUCCCUGUCUUGUUUGCCAUGUAGCUUUUAUUAUUUGUAAUUUGUAAACUGCAAAUCAAAUAACAAAAGUUGUUUAUUAACUGUCAAACCUAUUUAGAUAUAGCUUUGUCCUAACAUAUGGUUGAAAACAAUAUAGAAAUGAAAGUAAAUGUCAAUGAGAGCACCACACUGUUGCCCUCUUGUGCAUACAGCAUGACAUCAAGAAGCAUGUUUUGUUUUUUGAAGUUUCCUCUCCUGAAGAUUUUACAAAUCUUUAAGCAAAUGUGGGAUACAAAUUAAGUGUGAUGUACAAAUCCAUGUGAUGAUGAUGCGCGUUGCAGAACUCCACAUAAAGCUCCACAGAUCGGUGAAUUAUGAAUUAUCAAAGUUAAUUUGAUGCUUUUAGCUACCAAUAAAGUUAUUGGACUCUCAG